AUGGAUCUGGCAAGAGAGACCCAGUCCGGGAUAGAACCACAACCUCUUCGUGCAUCCCUCAGGCACUGUUCGCACUCCACGGUGAAGGGACAAAAGUGUGGGUAUCCUUAUGGACAUUUGAACCCCACAUCUGCCCGCAAUCGCGCAGUAUGCUGCUACAAUGGCUCAACUCCCACAGCCAAUGGCACUUUACGGAACGGCCUCACUCCCAUAGCAAGCCCAGAGAUGUGCUUCUAUUGCUUUGAUGUUCUUUACAGUCACCUGCACAACAUGGAACCUCCUGGCACUCCAGACUUUACUAAUGAACCUUUUCCUUUGUUUGUAACCUGGAAAUUGGGGAAGGACAAACGGUUACGAGGAUGUAUGGGGACAUUUAGCCACAUCAGUCUACACGCAGGACUCCGGGAAUAUGCAGCCACCAGUGCAUUCAAGGAUUCCCGGUUUCAGCCAAUUGCUAGAGAUGAAUUACCUCGCCUUGGAGUUUCUGUCUCUAUUUUGCGACACUUUGAAGAUGGGCGGGAUUACAGGGAUUGGGAUAUUGGGGUGCAUGGGAUUCGGAUAGAGUUUUUGAAUGAGCGAGGUGCCAAGCGGACAGCUACUUACCUGCCAGAGGUCGCUCCUGAACAGGGUUGGGAUCAUGAGCAGACAAUUGAUUCAUUACUCAGGAAAGGAGGAUAUAAGGGUCCUGUAACAGGGGAAGUGCGACGUAGCAUCAAACUAACACGUUACCAGAGUGAAAAGAUCUCAGUUACUUUCCAGGAAUACAUGAGCUACUGGAGGAAUCGUCGGUGCUAGCAUUCGCUAAAUUUUAGGGAUGGGAGAUGUGGGACUCUUGGCACUGGAGGUCUCAGUGGUGGGGGUGGAGGAGCAGCUAUAAACAGGGGCAACGAAACGUAUGGAUGUGGUGGCACAGAGCCUCCCCAUCCUCAUACCCAGCAGCAGCAGAACCACCAGCCUUCUUAUAACCACUACAACCAUAACAGCCAGCUGAUGAUUCAUCAGAACAACCAUCAACUUCUUCCUCACAACGACCACCACCACCAUCAUCAUCUUCAAUAUCAUCAUCCUCAUCAUGCCAACCCCAGGUCCCCAUCACCCCUCCACCUCCACCACUAUGCCACAAGAGGCAGUAGUAGCAGUAGCAGCAGCAGUAUCAACAGCAGUGGCAGAGCUUCAGCCACCAUCACCACCACUACCACCAAUACGAACACUCCACCACUGGGGUUUGACACGGUGGGUAACUCAGGUCUCGGCGCAUCUCUCUUGUGUGUCACCACCUCAGGGCAUAAUGAACUGGCUCUGUGUGGCCCUCCAGCUCAAGAUGUGACACUGAUGAACCAUGGUGGUUGUCCCGCUUGGUGCUCUCACCGUAGGGGCAAUCGGGAGGGGGAAGGAUGCUUGGACGGCCUACGCAGAGCAUCCAACAGGCUGGCGGACUUUCUUAGGGGCCUUUUUAACUCUUGAUGGUUAGUAUUACUUAUAUUAGCUUAUUACUUGUUUAGUGUUGAGUGUUAUUCACAGUAAUUUUUUACAAGAUAUUCAGAAUUUUUCAUAAGUAGAUUUUCGAGGAUAAUUUUCAUUUUAUAGCUUCACUGAGUUUUCAGGCAAUUGUUAGAAGUGAUUUGAUAUAGUUUUUCAUUUGCCCAACAAGAAAAAGAGUGCCAUUACUGAAAUUCAUGCCUGAUAUGAAAUCAAAUACUCAUGCUCAAAAUCAAGUUGAGCUGGAUACCAAGGAGACACAAGUUAUGAGCGUAUAAUAGUUGUCAGUGGCUGUAUGAUAAGCAGGCUGGAGGCAAUAUUUAGUUAACUAUAAUGAUGUGAUCUGAUCAUUUGCACAUGGAAUGUUGGGGUGGCUAUACAAAGGUUGAAAAGUCCGGCAAUGAGACCAGUAUAACUUUAUAAAGGUGGAAGUGCCGGUGGUAAGACCGGUGACUUUAUAAAGGUGGAGACAUAGGUGGUAAGACCAAGCUUCAAGAUACACUAACUGUUGAGAAGCCCAAUGCGAAUGUGUGGAGUUUGGACUAGUGGUCAGCUCAGUUUGAUAAUAAGCACAUUUACUGUAACAUCGAUGGUGAUUUAAAACUUUUGUUUUAGAUGGUUUUUAAUGUAUUGUUUACAAGUCACCGAGCCCCGGGCUGGCCUUCCCACUCCCGUCCGCCUGUGUUGUGAUCAUCGGGCCUGUUUAAAGCCCAACCCACACCAGUCUUUCACAUUCAGCGGUCGACAAAACUCUAUCAUGCCAGAUGAGUCACCAGUUCAACCUCAUGUAAAUCUAUGCAAGACAGCCGAUAAAAGUCUUGCAGAUUUUUCUUUUUUCUUUUUUUUCUUGUAUCAGUAGAUUUAAAAAAGCAAGUAGUUCAACAUUGGUGGUUGACAAACCAUGUAUAAAAUGGUGCAACUAAGAGCUGCUCGCAUUACUCAUCACAAAAUGAGGUUUGUUUGCCGCUAAUUUUAUAAUAUCAGACUGCCUAGUCGUGAGCAUGGUGUCUGCUGCUCACUCAUUACUUACUAUUAAAAGAUCUCAUGUACAGUGUUGUUGAUACAUGAAAACUUAUUUAACACACAUUUUAUACGGUUACUAUAUACCAUAACAGUUGAACAUGUCAUUAGUGGGAAUAGCAUUCAGAUAAUUAAUAUAAAGGAGGAUUACUAGCCGUUCCCACCCUCAUUGAUAAUGCGAUCACAUUUUCCUCUGACUGAAGAGAGGUAACCAAACUUACCAAGUGCAUCUCAGUGAUAACAUGUGAUAGAAUAUACCAAAGGUGGCUUGAAAUGAACGGCAGUUGUGCAGAGUGCCCAGGAAGAAGAAAAUUGGCUUGUGUCUUGCCUCCGAUAUUCUAAAAUGUUAGUGUUGAGUCGGCUCUUCAUUGAAUGUUCUUAAUUGGAAGUGUUCGAAAGUGUAAUACAACAUCAGCUAUCUAAUAUUCAGUGUCUCAGGACAUUUUGGGUGGGAAGCACAUUCCUUAACACUACAGAUGUUUAAUGUAAUUUGCAUAUUACAAUUAUGUAUUGAUAACUUGGCAAGGCAUCUCAAAAACACAAUGCUGCAGCUGUAACUGAGAGGCCUUUCAAAUAUAUAGUUCUGUCCCACCUAAAUGAAAAUUAAACAAAAGGAAACAUUUAAAAGAACUUCUAAAGAAAUAUAUGUCUGAGGGAGUUCAGUCAUUGGAUAUCUGAAAUUUAAAAAAAAAUCUGUUCUGUAGUUGAAAUGAACAGUGAUUGUUAAGAGUAACAUCUUUUUUCAUUUGAAUAUCAGUAUAAAAUCUCCAAGAACAGUUCUGUAGGUACCCUGCAUGUAUGUUUUAUGGGUUUUUGCUGUAAGGUUAGGAUAGUUAGGGGUACACAGGUUUUGUAAAUGUAUGCAAUAAGUGUAUGCGUGUGAUAUGCAUAAUUUGUGAAGUUGGUUUGAAUCAUCAUUUGACAAAUCAGAAUUAAGUACUUAAAUGAUAACAAAAAGAAAUAAUGAGGCAGAAUCACAUGUAUAAUGAUGGGUAAAUCUGGCCACAAAGGACAGGUUUGCAUGUUGGUGAGGUGCUCAGGAUGAAUGCCAUUCCUAAUGUGUUAUCAUCAGCGAGGAUCUUAUUCUGAGGGUUUUCUGAUCUGACAGAUAGCCUUAUUGCAUUAUCAACCAUGGUCUCUCUCAGUGCCAUCUGUACCUGAUUGCUAGAAUAACAAGACAGUCUGCUGUCAUAGAGUAUAUUUGCUUGCUCACUGCCCAGGAUUUUUUUUUUCUGUUGAUUAAAAGUGAAAAAAAAAGAACUUACAGUUAGAUAUUAGCCACAGGUGGCAUUUCAUAUAUAUGUCCUGCUGUACUGUGCCAAAUUACCUUGCAGUAAUUUAUAUGAUCAUCAUAUAUGCAACUAUGAUACUGACACUGAGGUUAGUAUAUGGUAUAGAUGUUUCAUGAGGUUGGUUUUUAUAGUGAUACUCUCAAAAGACAUCCAUGGGUCUUUUUUUAUCAUGUAAUAUGAAGGUGCAAUUUUAUAGUGAAAAACCUUGAAAUAGUUAUAUCUCUCUCCAUUGUGUAAAUGGAAACCAUAGUAGUCGUCCUUGCAUAUAGAUAGUAAGAUGAAAGAAGAGAAGACAAAACUCAAACACUGCCAAUGUAUGUUUGUAUAUUGUUGGGCACUUGUGAUUUUUUUUUUCUUUUUUAUAUAACAAUGGCAGAUCAUGGUAAUUUGUUGAUGUGUGCACUUGUGCUGCGUAUGUGAGGGUGCCACUCCAAACACUAGGCAUAGCAGACAGACCCAUGCAGUAAUUUUAGAGUCUUGUCAGAAAUAUCCUUGGUGUGCCAUAAGAAUGGAUAUGUCAUGAGGAAUACUUUUUCCAUGACUGGGAGUUACAGUGAUCUUUUGCUGUGAAAUUACAGAAGCUGGUCCUUGCUUCUGCCAUUAGUGUUUGGAUGAAGUAUGAGAGAAUUAUGUAGAAUCUUAUCAAUUAUAAAUGGACUGCUAGAGGGCCCUAUCCUAAAAACAAAGAUUUACAAAAGGUAUCAUUAAAAAUUAAUCUAGUCACAAAUGCACUCAACAAUGUUUCCACUGCCAACUGAGUACACAUCUGAUGAAUUCAGGAGGGUGCCAGCCCAUCAUGUCAUUGAAAGUGUCACACACUCAUUAUCAGUAAGAAGGAGUACAUUAAUCUGCCAGAAUAUGUUUAAUUUUUUCAGCCAUUAAAUAAAAAAAGCUUUGUACUUAUGACAUACAAUAAAUUGAUGAGAGAAAAAAGGAAAUAUGUCCCUCUGCAUUUGUGGCCAGAUAUACCCUGUCUCAGGCAAACAAUAUUGUUAACCUCCUCAUUACUCUAAGUAGGACAUGAUCAAAGUCUGUGUUAAACCUCAAGUUAAGAUAAUUGUAUUUAAUGAUGCUAUUCUUCCUGGCAUGAAAUUGUUAAGAGAGAGAAAAGAAAAGAAUAUAUAUAUAUGAUUGAAACUAACUGCCCUUCCAAAAAAGAAAAAAUAUAUAUAUAAAAAAAAUUCUUGUUUGCAUGUUACAAGAAACAUUACAUAUAAGGUUAUGGUUAUUAGUUUAUGCUAAUGAUAACAUUUCCUGUCCUUGGUUGACCAGGGUAUUUGUGCUGACAAAGAAUUUCAGUUGUUUGUGGCAUACCAGUAUGGCUUGUAUUUUGUUUUAGAGCAUAUGAGUAAAGCCAUAUUCAGGUACACAAAUGGGCCAUAUUUUUGGAUGGUGGUAGAGUUUGACUAGUUCUGUUAUCAAACAAACAAAACAUUUUAUUUAUUAGCAAUCAUUUGAUGCUGCUUCUUGUUUAUGUCUUUGUGUUGAAAAUAGUUAAUAUUUUUUAUGUCUGCCCCAUUUUUUUCUUUUUUGUUUUUUUCUUAAACCAGAGUAAAACUUAAUUUUGAAAUUUAAAUUGGAAACUUUAAAAUUAUAUGUUUGUGAUGUGUUAAUUCACAUCAGAUUUAUUUUUUGUUAAGAAUAUGGUCUAGGAGGAUCUAUAAAAACGUAGCAGCGGAGCAGUUUGAUUUAAAGACGAGGAUAAUGUGUAAAGUACUUAGUGUUCAUAUUGUUAUUGAUGAACAUUCAGGAUUUAGCAUUAUAUUGAAACACAGUUAUUCUUUUGUUGUAGUAUGAUAAAUUCUUUGGAUAAAUUCAAAACUCACCACCAGGCAAGAAUACCACAGGAACCCCAAUAAAUUGUGUUUUAAUUUUAAUUUGCCAUAUUUGGUGACUAUUCUAUCUGAUUUAGAGUGAUUUUUGGUCCUAUAGCAAUCCUAGCCUUCAGAUAAUUAAAUUACAUUUUAUAUUUCAAAAUGUUUUUAGUACUAAAUGCUAAUUAUCCAUAAGGAUUCUCACCAUUGUAAACAAGACUUGUGAGAUAAACAUGUCUAGGAAUGUUAUGUGCAAGAGUUACAAUAAGUCCUUGGCAUGGUAUGACAGUAAGUUUCAGAUUCCAAGUUGUUUGCUGUGGGCUUUUGUGUUGGACAAAUGGAGUCAGGCCUACGGUAAUCUACCAUUUCUUUUAGACUGCCAGGAAGAAUUGAAUUAGCAGCUGGUUUUGUUUUUUUGUGGUAUGGAUGAGGAGAAUUUUAUGAAGUAUCAUUCCCUCUCUGGCAUGUUAAAGAAUUUGUGGAUACCUACAGUCCUGCCAAUAGGUUCCCAUAGUCUAGAAUUUGGCUCAUUAUAAUGUGGCAUUGGAUUGGUUGUACAUCUGAGUGGACACAGAGAGGUAUUGCAAGAUAUAUCAGUCAUACUGAUAGCAUUGCUGAUGUUUAGUAAUAAAAAACAACAGAAAAUGAAGUUCAAUACUGAAAUUACUGGGCCUUCCAUUGCUAAGAUGGUUCCUCGAGUAAGGCUGCAUGUGCAUAAGUUCACUGUCCUGAGCUUCAGGAGUCUCGAAUAUAGGUGCCUUCCGCCAGCCUGGGGACCCAUGGGUGACUCCACAAAUAAGGCUGUAAGACAAAGACAAUUUCUGAAUAAAUUUUCAUUUAGCAGACAUUUGGAUGAUGUCCUAUGAAUUAUUCUUUGAAAGUUGUUAAUGCCUUAACACAAAUUUUAUCCUUCAAUUAAGAAUUGCUCUUCAUAGUUUUGUUUCUGGAGUAACCUACCAUUAUAGAUUAGUAAGAUACUGUGAGGUGAUAAACCAUUAGAAGCCUUGGGUGGUACUUGAAGAAGGGUAAUUUUUCAUGUUUUUUGCAACUAUGUAAAGGAGCCUUAUUAUGAGAUCACUCAGAAUGGCAUGUAAUGGUUGAUCCUGACACAAACUAGUGUAAGCGAGUUGUGCGUCUCAUGCGAGUACUACUGGUGUACAAUUUGUGUUAUUCUCCACAGGCAGUCUUUGGGGUUUUUUUUAUUUAAGGCAGUUUUAAUAAUUUCUGAUAAUAGAUGUGUUUCUUUUGGCAUAAAGAUAAUUUUCUUUUUUUAAAGUGUACAUGGAGAUGAUUGUAUCAGAUUUUUUAUUUAGUUCUAUUUUUGUAUGUGAUCAGUAGUACUUGUGUUUGUAUGUGAGUCUACAGAGAUUUGUUUAAUUGUUGUAUGUGUGGUGUGGCUCUGCGUAAUAUAAGUGAAUGUUGUAAGAAGUUACAUAAGUCUUUUGCAUUUUAUAUAGAAGGUAUAGGAAACAUUUCACAAGUAGGAACAGUUAUUGUAAUUCACAUAUAGAAUCUCUGAUGAUGAAAAUGAAAUAAAGCCCUUUUUUCACCA